AUGGCCACAGAGCGCCAUGACACAAUACUCAAAGACCCUCGGAAACAUCCCCACACACGAUACAUCUUACAUCGGCUCAAGCGAGAAAGUAUUCUCGCCUUGUUCUCACGACCUUGUUGUGUUCUUUUUGUGAGAUUUACUGUUCUCCCGUUAGUGUGGCCCGUGAACGACGGCCCCCAGCGGUGGUCCAUGUGUGCUGAGGGCCCGUGCUCCUGCACUCUGGAGACCCGUUUCGUCUCCUGCUGGAGACUUGAGCUUCUCCAUCACGUUCCUCGCAAGCAACAGAUUCCUGCCGACACCCGGAGUCUAGACCUUGGGAUGAAUAGACUUAAAGCUCUACAUAAAGACUCCUUCAAUCGUCUUACCCAGCUUGUGGAGUUAGACCUGAACGACAACAGCCUGGAGCUACUACCCAACAGUCUCUUCUACGACCUAGAGAACCUGCGUCACAUAAAGCUUCACAAGAAUCGUCUGCUGUAUCUUCCACCUGAUAUUUUCCAGGAUGCGCGUUCCCUCAGAACCAUAAAAAAAAAUCUUUCACGUGCCUAUGACACCUUUGCACAUCGUUAUGUUCCAUUUAAUGCCGUUGUGCAGGAGUUGCCUCAGCAGGUGUUCUACAAGCUGAAGAGUCUGAAACAUCUUAAGAUCUCUCGCAACGAACUCACCCGCCUUCCCCAUGGUGUCUUCAGCAACCUCUUCAACCUUCAAGAACUCUACCUCCACAACAACAACAUCGAGAACCUGCCCUCUGGGGUGUUCCGCGACCUGUACAACCUGACCUUCCUCGAGCUCACCAGCAACCGCAUCACGCAGGUACAUCACAAGGACUUCCUCAAUAUGAACAGCCUCCGCUCUCUCUUCCUCGGUCAGAACCUCGUCACGCAGAUAAAGAACAGAACCUUCGUCGGCACUUCCAAGCUGGAGAAACUGUACCUGUUCUCCAACAAGAUUGAGAACAUCGAACUGGCAGCGUUCUCAGGGCUUAACAGCUUGUCGUGGCUGCUGCUCAAUAACAACUUACUCAGGCGCCUACCCAGAGAGAUCUUCAGGAGGACUCCCAACCUGCUCAGACUUCAGAUCGACAGUAACAAAUUUAUGCAGCUUCCGGAGGGACUUCUGGAGGAGCUGAAGCGUGUGGAACAGGUGAAGCUGUCGAUGAACCCCUGGCACUGUGACUGUUUCAUCCUCUACCUCACUGGAUGGCUCCACCGUAAUCCCGACAAGAUCUGGGAUCGGCAGCCCAAGUGUCGCGGGCCAGGCGACCUCGGAGGCAAGCCGGUCAUUGACAUGACCUUCAACAGUGUGUGUGACGGCCAGUGGGCCUCCAUGACCAAGAUUCAGGGCAGGGUGUGAGGGAAUAACAGCAGGGCCGGAAACAGAUAGGAAGAAGAACAAUGGUUGAACGAUGAAUGGAAAGGUUGAAGGGAACGGCACAGCGAGGAACAGAAAGGUUUAAGAACAGCGACGGGACGAACGAUAGACAGGUGGAAGAACAGCGUCAAAAUUAGGGAAGGAGACGUUGAAUAGAAACGACAAAACGGAGAAUAAAAAAAUAAUUGAAGAACACUGACAGAAUCGACAAAAGAAAGAUUGAAGAACUGUGACAGAAUGAGAAACAGAGAACUGAAGAACAACGACUGAGUGAGGAAUAGAGACAGGACAAAACAACAACCUUCCGAAGCCCUAAGUUAUAACAUAUUUGAGGCCCAUCAAAUUCGAAAAUCGAAACAGACAUUAAUUAAUAAUAGGGGGAUGAACAAUUCUUUUUAGCCCCCCUUGUAUAACUAGGCCCUAACCUGUAAGUCGGUUAAUAUAUGUGUAAGUCAGGCCCUGGGCAGGGCAAUAAACAUCAGCAGUGUAAAACUACGGUAGGCUCUGACAGUGAACGCAUCAAAUGAAGGAGGAACAGAGCAGAGCCUGAACCAGCAGCAUACGACAAGGGACACAAAAACAAAUCCUAUUUUGCGCUCUGAGCUCCAAGGAGCUGAGGAACUUCCUAAUCCUCAUUUUCCCUCAGUUUUUGGGAACAGGGAGACUUCCUAUUACUUAUAUUCCCAAAGUUCUAGGCAGCAGAAGAGUUUUCUAACCCUCUUAUACUCUUGCCUGGUAGACAUUGACUCCUGCCUUGCAUUACAUGCAGACAUGUACUCUUGCCUUACGCUACAGCAUGUAGGCAUGUACUCCUGUCUUACCUUACAGUAUGUAGACAUGUACUUCUGUACAGCAUGUAGACAUGUAUUCUUGCUUUAAAUUACAGCAUAUAGACAUGUACUCCUGUCUUAUAUUACAGCAUGUAGACAUGUCCUCCUGCUUCUUCUUCUUGAUCCGCCGGUAUUCUCCCGGCCCGGGCCUUUUCCAAGUGGUGGCCCGGCCUUGGCUCCCUGUCUAGGGAGUGUCUGAGACCUAAGUCUCCCAUGGGAGGAGGCACAAGUACCCCCUCAUCUUUGGGACCAACUGUUCCCAGGCCUAGCCGUAUUUCCCGCCCUCGUAUUUUCCCGCCCUACGAGCCCCGGGAGGGGCUCGUAGGGAGACGUUAGGCCUCUCUGGUCUGCCAUCCCCGCCCCAAGGGGGUUAAUGAGAAUGACAGUCUUGUGAGUUGCAAGCUCUGGCUCAGGCACCUACCCUACCCUAGAAGGGCUGGGCAUGAUGUCGAUCUCCUGCCUUUUUUUUUUUUUUAUUCGCCGGUAUUCUCCCGGCCCGGGUCUUUUCCAAGUAGUGGUGACCCGGCCUUGGCUCCCUAUCUGGGGAGUGUCUCGAGACCUAAGUCUCCCAUGGGAGGAGGUACAAGUACCCCCUCAUCUUUGGGACCAACUGUCCCCAGGCCUAGCCACAGUCCCCGCCCUCACGGGGCUCGUAGGGAGAAGCUAGGCCUCUGGUCUGCCAUCUGCCCCGCCCCAAAGGGGCUCGUGGGGAUGGCAGUCUUGUGAGCUGCAGGUACAUCACGGCAUGUUAAGUCAAUAGUAACGUAAUAUAUAUUUUUAUUAUACAUUUUUAUGUUCAUAGAGAUGAACUAAACCCGUCAAGGGUCAUGUGGUCAUGUGGGGAAUGGAAGGCAAAAACCAUUAUAAAAGUUUCAAAAUAUGUAUAAGGUCUAAAU